AUGACGCGUGCGGACAGCGAUAGGCGUUCCCAUCGAGAGCGAUGAGACGCAGGUAUUGAUAUCAGGAGGCCAUGGAGACGUUCAGUUCCAAAGACCUCGCCCUCCAGGCGCAAAAGAAGAUCCUGAGUCGCAUGGCCAGCAAGACGAUGGCCAACAUGUUCAUCGACGAGACCAGCAGCGAGGUCCUGGAUGAGCUGUACCGCGUCUCGAAGGAGCACACCAAAAACAAAGCCGAGUCCCAGAAGGUCAUCAAGAACCUGAUCAAGAUCGCCGUGAAGAUCGGCGUCCUGUACCGCCACAACCGCUUCACCCCCGAGGAACUGAUGCUGGCCGAGGACUUCAAGAACAAGCUGCACAACGGGGCCAUGACGGCCAUCAGCUUCUACGAGGUGGACUUUACGUACGAGAAGGACGUGUUGCCGGAGAUCCUCAUGGGAUGUAAGAACUUGCUCCUCCGCCUCGUCGACAAACACUUGACCCCCAAAUCCCACGGGCGCAUCCAACACGUCUUCAACCACUUCGCCAACAGGGAGAUGCUCGGCCAGCUCUACGACCCCCAGGGGUCCAUGAGGCCCCACUUGCAGAAGAUCUGCAAUGGAAUGAACAAACUGAUCGACGAGGGCAAAUUGUGAUGGACAAUAUGUUUCCCAUUCCACGACGGACAUAUUCCAGGUUGGCUGGAAUGCCCAGAUCCUUGAUUUUGGUUAACUGAAUAAGGUGCCCAGUUUUGGGGAACAAGGAGGUUCUGGUAAAUCGGGAACCACCGGGGUAAUGUUUUUUUAGUUCCUUUUGCACAGGCCUUCUUAAAAAGACCAAAAAUGGGAAUACCACCUUUGGAAAACCAAAAAGGGAGAUGUCUCGGUUCCUACCUUCUGGACAAAAACGGGGAACACCACCUUUCAAAAACCAAAAAGGAGAUGCCUCCUUUCCUACUUUUUGGACCAAAAAGGAGAAGCCACCUCUGGAGAACUAAAA